CAUUUCCGGUCAGCGUCGCCAUCUGCUUUCUCGUCCUUCUCCAAUCUCCGUGUUGUCGAUCCCGGUGACGCGGCGGAGGUGUAGCCUGACGCGGGCUCUUACGUGUCGGCCAGAAUAAAAGUGGAGCUCCGGAGGUCCGGGAGUGACGAAGAGCGUCUGUAUCGAUUGAACGUCCAUCACUAGCGUAGUCAAUGAAGAUGGAGUCAUCAGUAGAGACCCAACAGGCAGCCGACACUGCUGUGACCGACUCCGAGAACCAGAUCACACCCGCACAGAUUGCUACUUUGGCGCAGGUUUCCAUGACAACGGGACACACCUCAGCCACGGGCCCCACCGUAACUCUAGUGCAGCUUCCCAACGGACAAACAGUUCAGGUUCACGGCGUCAUCCAGGCGGCACAGCCUUCCGUCAUCCAGUCCCCGCAGGUCCAGGCAGUACAGGAUUUUUUUUCCUCUGGUUUCUUCCAGAUCUCCACCAUAGCCGAAAGUGAAGACUCCCAGGAGUCUGUGGACAGUGUCACCGACUCUCAAAAGCGCAGGGAGAUUCUGUCACGACGUCCGUCCUACAGGAAAAUUCUGAACGACCUUUCCUCUGAUGCACCGGCUGUCCCUCGCAUCGAGGAGGAAAAGGCGGAGGAGGACUCGUCUGCUGCAGCAGCGACCCCUGCCAUCACCACCGUUACGGUGCCCACACCCAUCUACCAGACCAGCAGUGGGCAGUACAUUGCAAUUACUCAGGGCGGGGCUAUUCAGCUGGCCAAUAACGGCACAGAUGGAGUCCAAGGUCUUCAGACACUGACCAUGACGAACGCCGCUGCAGCCGCCCAGCCUGGAGCCACCAUCCUGCAGUACGCCCAGACCAGCGACGGCCAGCAGAUACUGGUUCCCAGUAACCAGGUCGUGGUGCAAGCUGCCUCCGGCGACGUCCAAGCCUACCAAAUCCGUGCCGCCCCUGCCAGCACCAUCGCCCCUGGGGUCGUUAUGGCCUCCUCCCCGGCCCUCCCCACCCAGGGUGCCACAGAAGAGGUCACCAGGAAGCGGGAGGUCCGCCUCAUGAAAAACAGAGAGGCGGCGCGGGAGUGUCGAAGGAAGAAGAAGGAGUACGUGAAAUGUUUGGAGAACAGAGUGGCGGUGCUGGAGAACCAAAACAAGACGCUAAUUGAAGAACUGAAAGCACUGAAAGACCUUUACUGUCAUAAAUCUGAGUAAACCUCCUCGAACUCUGAUCUGGAUUCAUUCACAUGGAAGGGUCACUAAUGAAAGUGCCAACUAAAUCUAAAUCAACAAGCGACUGUCCAGAAAGUCUUCAUGACGUUGGUACACAUCAGUCAUGUUAUCACUGCAGCAAAUCACUUCACCAGUGGCUGGUUUACAGCUGCCGUCUUCACUAUAACUCAUCUCUAAUUCCUACACAAGAGCCAUCAGCCCAAAGGAGCUUUCCUUCUUCUUCACCUUUGUGUGUUUGGUUUGGAAUGGGCAUCGUCCUGUCCCGAAUCCCAGCUGAGAUUGGAGGGACAUAAGACACCAGCCUGGAUUUCUUCUUUAAAAAUUAAGCAGCAGGAGGUAAGGAAAAAAAUAAAACGUUCCUUUUGCUUGUUAUUGAGCCGAACUUAAUUUAAAAAAAACAAAGAAACGGAUGUGAUGCAAACUUGGAAUGUUUGUUUUUGACGCUGUAAUUCUUUGUAGAUCUGUCAGAGCUGCCUCAAGCUCCUCCAAAGUUUGGGUUUGGAGGCUCAGGCAUGUCAGCAGGUCAGUUCAAUUGAAGUAUUCCUAUAAAAAUCACUCAAAACUAAACAAAUGUAAAACAUUGUCUAGAGGUGAAGCCUGUAGCAAAAAGCAUCACGGAGGAUCUUGGUGCCUAAGAAAGCCACGAAAACGUUCUCCUGAUCUCAGCAUCCGACUGUGUAUCAUUUGUUUCUGCCAAGGGAACAGAAGAAGAAAAAAACGUUCUGUUCAAUGACAGCUUUUUUUUUUUAAAUCAUUUGCAUUUUAGUUCUUUAGGUAAGCAAUAAUGUUCCAUCCAAGCAUCCCAGUGGUUGUGAUGGUUACCUGCACUUUAUUUUACUUUGUGGUCAAGUUUAGCAGUUUAACUAGAAAUCCACUUUCUUGGGUCUUAUGCCUGACUUUUAUUUUUUGCCAAAUAAAUGUCGAUCAUUUAGACAACGACGCCAUAAGAGCAAAAGCUUGUUACAAUAAAACAAACCUUUGAUAUUACAGUAAUUGAAUGAAUUUACGUAAUAAAAUGUUUUUUUAAUGCUGAAGUGCAUUUAAUUCAAAAAUGUUAAGUCUUAGCAAAGAAUGUUUUUUUAGAAGAAGCUGAAUUUAUACCAUGUUUUUCUUUUCUAUUUUUUAAACAAAUACCUACAUACUUUUUUGACAGCAGGUGCAUUUUUAAUAGAUUGAUUCACUGAUAAUAAUCCUAUUAUUUUCAAGCAUUAGAACCAAAUUGACAUUUUUCAAACUUCCAGUCCAGAUUUAUUCACUUUGAUCAACUUAUGGCUCAUUUAAACCUUUUGUUCUGUAGUGAAGUGAAGCAAUAUUAUAGUGAAGCAGAGGAUUUGUCUAUGAAAAAGACAGAAAAAGAUCUUUUCACAUUGACAUAUCAGUUCACGGUUAAUUUGUGACCUACUUUUGGAAGCAUUUGUGUCGAUGGUUGUGGAGAAUCGCAGCUUCGUUUGUGUGUGAAGCACCUUUUGUGUUACUCUGUUCUCACGUCUCCUACCACCGGAAAACUGCAGAAAGAAAUCCAGAAGAAAACCAAAGUCUGUCAUAAAAAAUGUCUCAUUGCACAAAUUAUACAGUAAGUAAAGCAUUCUCCCUGAUGUGAGAGCGCUACUAUCUUCUGUUUUGAGGGCUCGUGUUCUCCUCCUUUAACCAGAAAGUGACAUUAACAUCUGCUCUUAGACGUCUAACUUCUCUAGCAGAUAACAUCCUCUCAGAUCGGAACCAUUCUCCUCAUGUUUGGGCUUUAAAACGGACUGUUUUUAGCUUUUGUUUGCACAUUUGUGCUGAAACCACUUCUCCUCUUGUAGACUUUUUGACAAGUUAUUGAAAACAAAGAUAAACGAGCAGCUGGUAUUUAGUACAAGCCAGAGUUUUAAAGACCCACUCCGAUCAUAUUUGGUUCUAUUGUUAAAGUCUUCACUCUUGAUUAGGCCGUUUUUAGCCUCAAAAAAAACAACUGUCAUUUUCUAGGACAUAGUUUUUCUGCAGAGCGACAGUAUUUCAUCAGAAAUGUUCUUCCUGAGUGGAGCAAACCCCCCCCCCCCCCCCCCUCUCUCUGUUGCUUAGAGAGCUUGUGGAAUUGGCCAGAAUAUUUUCUACAUCCCAAAUUUGAUCUUUUUUAAACGGCAUGUUCUUCCUCUUCUUCUGAUUCACAACCAUUUGAAGAAGGAACUACUCAGAAAUGCAGUUUUAAUAUAUAUAUUUAUAAAUAUAUGUCCUCCAUCAUGAGAAAAAUGCAACAUGAACUUAAAAUCCAUCGGAGUGAGUCUUUAAGGUUGUGAAAACUCAGAGCAUGUUGUCUUUUUGAGAGCAUGACAGAAACACUACAAUACUUAGAUGAAGUACGACACUCCUGAUUAAAACUGUGAUUAACCCCAGAAUUACUUUGGAAUAUUUGUAGUAUUUGGGCUCAAUCUUUUAUUUAUUUUUUUGCAUUUUGACCACUUUUGUUUGUUUGUUUUGUUUGGAUCUUUCCAUAGAAUUGUACCCACCACUUUAUAUGAACUGACGUUUUAAAGUGCAUCCUGUUAAAAACAAAAGGUUGCUUUUGCGUGGCUGCGUGUGAAGAAACGUACAUAUUAGUGUGUAUUUUCUAUGAUUGUACAUAGACGCUACAGCAUGAGUAGGUCAUAUUUCAGUUUGAUAUGAAAGUGUUCCUAUAGAUUGUAUAAAACCACCUUUACAUAUUUGUAUUAUAAGUGUAUAAUUGUGUAUAUGUAUACACCAGAACUGGCGUCGCCAUGGCAGCUAGUAAUGAGAAAGGUCUUUGUAGGAUUUGAGGCGCUGUUCUCUUUAAGGUCAGCAGGGUUUGUGUGUUUGUUUGUAAAGAUGUGAGACAGUAUUGGCAUCCAGAAAAUGCAUUUGUUUUUAUAGUUUUGUUAAGUGAUACUUCUGUCAAAAACAUGAAAUACAUUUUGAUUUGUCAUUUUCUAAACAAAUAUUUUUUUUUCUCGUUUUUGUUUGAAACUGUCCUGUUAACUUUGCCUGCAGAGGUCAUGUGAUUUAGCCAUUUCAGAUCUUUCACGUCUGAGAUUAUGAGGGAAUUACUGUCAUUAUGCUUAGAAGAAAGGAUUCCAACUUGUUUACAGAGUUUAACCUUUUUUUUUUUACUGAAAUACCUAAAUGCUAAAACCAAUCCUAUCAUUUUUGUUUUUUUAAGGCACUUUAGUUCAUUCUCUUGUUCAUAUUAUGUCUGUGACUACGUUUCCCAUGACUGCUUGGAGAAAUGUUUACAAAAUAAAAGCAUGAGUGUUUCAUCAUUUGUUUCAUUGGACGGACUAUGAUCCAACAAAACUUUGUGCAUAUGUCACUUAAAGCACAUUUCAUAGAGGAUGAGUGAUUUGUAAAAAAACAAAAUAAAUCAGUAAUAACCCUGUGAUCAACUCUUUAGGUACUGGUGCCGUUACGAUAUGCGAGUUACUGAAAUGAAGUGUUUUCUUGGAGAAUAAACAACCUUUUUAUCCCGUGUGAGCCCCACGUUCAGUGCUCGUGCCGAGGAAGAUAUCGUAAUAACCCUUUUUGAUGUGAGUUUGUAUUUGUACGUUUGAUGUAAUGGCACAAGUUUUCCUAUAAUGCCAACUUUGUUCUUUUUCCUUUUUUUUUUAACUUGUGUGGCAGAUUCUAGGCCCUAAACUUCUGCAUGUAACCGAUUUGCUCCAUGUGUGUAGAAGUAUUCACAUACAUUCAUAAACACGCACGAGUUUGAAAAGAGAUACAAUUUUCUUUCCAACUUUUUAUGUGAUCUGUUUAUAUUUUGUCACUUUUAGAAGCUAUAUAAAUAAAUACCAGAUAUUGUAUAUUGACCUGUUGAAACAAGUUCGCCAAAUGAUGCAUUAUUCUUGUUUUUUGACAUUGUACUUUUCUGAAACUAUACCAGCCCAUUAUUUUUAAGUUACUCUAAUAAUGCAUAAAGUUUUGUAAACAUUUGCUAUGUUACAAUAAACUGAUCUUGGAGAUUGUACUGUU